CAUCAUCGUCGUCAUCGUCACUUUGUCUCGUCCACCAUUUAAAAACCCUCUCUAAACUAAAAUCUCUGUCUCUCUUCAACAAAUCCACACUUCAAACAAAUCCUCUCUGUUUCUACGAUCUGGUUUGAUGGGUUUUAGCAAAGAAGAGAUUAGUAAAACCAGAAAGCUUUCGUCAUCUCUAUGGAGAGGUAUCAAAACUGUAUUCGUUUUGUUCACAAUGUUCCUCUCUUUUCUUCUUGUCUCUGCUCCGAUCUUCCUCGCCGUCGCCGAUGCUCUCCUCCCUUCCGCUCUCCUCCACCGCUUCUCUUCGCCGGCGAAUCUCUCUUCUCAUCUCACCAACUACGAUUUCCGUCACUCCCUCAUUGAUAUUCCUUUAAUCUCAAUCAUUAGAUCCGCUGUUAUACUCUGUGUUUAUGGACUCUGUGAUGGACCAAAAUUAUCUAAAGGACCGUAUCUGACAAUAACAAUGAUUUGCUCAGUUUCGUCUCUAGGCUACGUUUCGUUAAAAGCUGCGUUUGUGUUCGGCGAGCCAGCGAUCGGAGACGGCGGAGGAAACUACUUCAGAGCGGCGGAAGUGGCUCUGUUCCUCUGCUCGUCAGUCUUAGCCAUAGGUCACAUCAUUGUGGCGUAUCGAACAAGUUGUAGAGAAAGAAAAAAGCUUCUCGUCUUCAAAAUCGACAUUGAAGCCGUUUCGGCUUGUAAAAACGUGUACCCGAGAUACCAAAAGAUUCUACAACAAGAGAGACUCAAAUAGAGACGUAUUUUCAAGAGAAUCAAUACUUGUAAAUAUG